UAUGCGGCCCGAAGAAGAGAUACACGAUGAGAAAACUACUUACGAGUGUGACACGUGCGAAGCCAUGUUCAGUCACAGACGCAGUCUAAUCCGUCAUCUACGCCGCAGUCACAACCAGCAUGUCCCACAGAACCCUUUACAUCACGCAGGGGCCAAAACAUACGCCUGCGAAAUAUGCGCGAACGUUUUCAAGCAUCCUAGCAAGUUGAAAGAACACUUGCAAAUACAUUCCGCCGAGAAACAUUUCAUGUGCCAAAUUUGCCAGGCGCAGUUCGCAACGUCGAGGUACUUGACGAAACACGAGCGAAUCCACCCAGAGAAAAACCCAUACGGUUGCGAUAUAUGCAAAAAGCGCUUCAAUACUGGUAGCUCUUUGAAGAAACAUGAGCGAAUGCACGCGGGAGUUAAACCGUAUUUUUGUGAAACAUGUCAAUUAGAAUUCGCGCAUAUGAGCACAUUAGUAGCGCAUGAGCGGAUUCACAAUGGAGAGAAAGCAUACAACUGCGAAAUGUGCGAAAUGUUGUUUCCUUCGUUAAGCUCUUUGCAGAAACAUAAACGAUGUCACAGGGAGAAACUAUCCUGCAGUGUUUGCGAAAAAAAGUUUAUACAUUUGCGGAAUUUGGAGGAACAUUCACGAAUACACACAGGGCAGAAACCUUACGAGUGCGAUGUAUGUAAAAAGGAAUUUACACAACUAGUUUACUUGAGGAGACAUAAACGUACUCAUACCGAAGAUAGACCGCAUGUUUGCGGCACAUGUCAUUUAAAAUUCAGAGAUUUAUGUAAUUUAAAGAAACAUGAACAGAUACACACUGGGGAGAAGCCAUUUCAAUGUGGAUUUUGCAAAAGAAUGUUCAGAGCAUCGAGUAGCUUAAAAAAUCAUAUAAGAAUACACACUGGUGAAAAACCAUACAACUGUGAUACAUGUAAUAAGAACUUUAGGGUAUUUAGUAAUUUGAAGAAACAUGAGAGAGUUCACACUGGUGAAAAACCAUAUUCGUGCGAGAUAUGUCAGCAGGAUUUCGCAGAUUCCUGCCAUUUGAGGAGGCAUGAAAAAAUUCAUAAAACAGAAACGAGGUAGUUUUAUGUUACGCGUACUGAAUAGGUAUUUAUGUAUUAUAUAUUAGAAACAU